AUGACAGGCUCUAACUCCAGUACUGAACAGUCUGUUUUGUUUUACCUCACUGGGAUUCCUGGCUAUGAGAAUAUUAAUCACUUUAUUUCCAUCCCUUUUUGCAUGUGCUACCUGAUUGGAGUAGUGGGCAACUGCACAAUCCUUUACAUCAUCCGCACAGACAAGAGUCUCCACAAGCCCAUGUACUACUUCCUGGCCAUGCUGUCCCUUACAGACAUGGGCAUGUCCUUUUCUACCCUGCCCACAGUAUUAAAAAUCUUCUGGUUUGAUGCCAGGGAGAUUGAGGUGAAUGCUUGUGUGGCCCAAAUGUAUUUUAUUCAUACUUUUUCUCUGAUGGAGUCAGCUGUGCUUCUAGCCAUGGCCUUUGACCGGUAUGUUGCCAUUUGCCAUCCUUUGAGGUAUUCCAGCAAACUCACCCCACAACGCAUUAUCUAUAUAGGGGUCUUCAUUAUAUUCAGAUGCUCCAUUGUCCUCCCUGUUGUUCUUGUUCGUAUUCCUACAUUUUCCUUCUGUCAUUCCCAUAUCCUCUACCACUCUUUCUGCUUGCAUCAAGAAGUCAUCCAUUUGGCCUGUGCUGAUAUCUCAUUCAACAUUUUAUAUGGCUUGUUUGUUGUUGCAUUUUAUUGGGGUGUAGAUUCUCUAGGAAUUUUGUUAUCUUAUGCUUUCAUCUUCCAUUCUGUGCUAGGCAUUGCAUCCCAGGGAGGGAAGCUCAAAGCUCUCAACACGUGUGCUUCCCACAUUUGUGCUGUGCUCAUUCUAUAUGUGCCCAUGAUAGGGCUAUCCUUGGUGCAUCGUUUCGCAAAACACUCCUCCCCCAUUGUCCAUAUAACCAUGGCUAAUAUUUACCUGCUAAUUCCACCAGUACUUAAUCCAAUUAUUUAUAGCAUCAAGACAAAGCAGAUUCGUCAAGGUUUUCUAAGGAUAUUAGCACCCAAAAAGGUUGGGCUUUCUCACACUUGGAAGGGAUAA